CUUGCUCACCUCCGCGACCCGCACCAAUGGCGACGCCCACGGCCCCAUCCCACUUACCCCUCGCCACCGCCUCCGCGUCCACCUCCUUCCCCGACCGCUUCCUCCGCACGCCGUGCGCGCUGCGGCCCCGCUCUUGGCCCCGCCUGCGGGCGGGCUCCGUCAAGGAGUGGCGCGAGUUCGAGGACGACGCGGGCGCCGUCAAGGAGUGGCGGGAGUUCGAGGACGCCGUCAGGAGGAAGGACCUCCCCCGCGCGCUCCAAUUCCUGCAGUCCGUGGAGCCCGCGGCGGUGCAGGUCGCGGUCCCCGUGCCGCCGGGGCGGGACUGGGAGGUGCUCGACGCCUGCGUCGACGCCGACGACAUGCGCCUCGUCGGCCGGGCGUACCAGUUCCUCGUCGACCGCGGGGUCCUCGCCAGCUUCGGCAAGUGCAAGAACAUCGUUCUGGAAUGGCCAAGAGAAGUGACACCAACGGUUUUGAAGGAGAUGACCGGUUUGGAAGCUGAAAAACUUGCGCCGAAGAAAUGGGGUCUGUCGGGAAGUUCACCGUAUGUUCUCAUUGGAUUUCUUGGAGGCGUAUCCUUUCUACUAACACAAGGGGUCGAUCUACGGCCUAAACUGAGUGCUGUAUUGGGAUUAGCAGCAGCCGAUGCAAUGUUGCUCGGUGGUACUUGUCUUGCUCAAAUCUCAUGUUUCUGGCCUCCGUAUAAACGUCGGAUCCUUGUACACGAAGCAGGCCAUCUUCUUACUGCUUAUCUAAUGGGCUGCCCGAUACGAGGAGUCAUUUUGGAUCCAUUUGUGGCAUUGCGAAUGGGCAUCCAGGGCCAGGCAGGGACUCAAUUCUGGGAUGAAAAGAUGGAAAAAGAACUAGCUGAGGGCCAUCUAUCAAGCACAGCGUUUGACAGGUACUGCAUGAUUAUGUUCGCCGGAAUUGCUGCUGAGGCACUUGUUUACGGGGAGGCAGAAGGUGGAGAAAACGACGAGAACUUAUUCAGGAGUCUGUGCAUUCUACUGAACCCACCCCCUGCUGUUGCACAGAUGGCGAACCGAGCUCGAUGGUCCGUCAUGCAGUCUUACAACCUCCUGAAGUGGCACAAGAAAGCUCAUAGAGCCGCAGUCAAGGCGCUGGAAGACGGGCACAGUCUCAGCGUUGUGAUCAGAAGGAUAGAAGAAGCCAUCGCUUCUGACAGCAAAUAAAUAUGACCGUUGAUCCUUUACAUGUGUUCUUGUCAACCAAGCUUUGUUGGCAGCUUCCACAGGACGCGGAAGAAGGAGAACUUUCUUAAUUCGCGCGAAGGGUUAGUGUGUGUUGGAACAUGAGUGGCGCUUUUCAAAGAAAGAAAGGCAGAAGAUCCUUGGAGCUGGAGGGAAUAGCGGAGACCACGACCAGGGCGUCUGAUGGACGGACUAGAUCGAGUGAUACAUCCGUUGGAGAUUUUAAGGAAGUCAAAAGGCCGUUGUGAACUUGUGAUUAGUGUCGAUGCCAGAUAUGGCAGAUGUGCAUAGGGAGAUAUGACUAUAUGAUGUCUUGAUGAGUAUGCAGACAUGAGCUAUUUUGCAAUGGAUGGAUAAGUACCGUUGGUACUUGAGGUACUUUUAUUGUUUAUUAUUUAUUUAUUUGCAAUCAGUUUGGUAAUUAAGAAAGGUCGGGUUGCCU